AUGUGUGCCCCCCCCCCACCCAGCCGGGUUGUGUGUCGUGUGGGAGGCACGUCCGCUCAGCGCUCACUGUUUAUUAAUACUUUCCUGGGCUAAGAGUGGCAGCAUCGACACGUUGGCAAGAUGUGGAAAUUAAAACCCCCCAUCGAGCAUCCGCUGGAAGUGAAGUACAAGCCUGUGCUGGAGAGCAGGAUGCCCCGGGACCCCAUGACCCUCUUCAGGCUGAAGAGGCUGUCAGCCAGGGAGGAGUUUCCCAGCCUCGAUGGCAAUUACACCUGGAUGGGCCGCAUCCUCACGCCCCACAUGUACGAGCGGCAGUUCAGCAGGGCCACGGAAAGUGGGGUCAUCUUUGAUGAUGUCAUACAGCCAGGGCUGGAAGACCCAGGGAUGCCCUCGGGACCCAUGUCCGUGGGCUGUCUAGCCGGAGACGCCCAGUCCUACAUCCUCUUCUGUGACUUUUUCGACCGCGUCAUCGAGGGUUACCAUGGCUACAAAAUCGCCAGCUCCUCGCAAGAGAGCGACUUCAACUACGACAAUUUGAAGGGAGGCGACGACCUGGACAGCUCCUAUGCACUGGGCUGCAGCGUCAGUGUCCGCCGCAAUGUGGACGGAUUCACCUUCCCCACCCACUGCAGCCGCGGUGAACGGAGACACCUUUACGCACUGGCUAGCAGAGCCCUCAGUCAGCUAGAUGGCGAAUUCCCCGGUCAUCUGUAUUCCCUGGAGGAACUGAAGGACAGGAAGCUGGCAGCAGGACCGGUGGUGCCAUCUUCCCUCCUGAUGAGGAUUGGAGCUGCUAGGGAUUGGCCUGAUUCCCGGGCGGUAUGGGUCGCCAAAGAUGACAGUUUGGUUGUGCGGAUUAACUUUGAAGAUCACCUUCGGCUUGUCUCCAAGCACAGUGACUCAAACAUUAAAAAGGCUUUUGAAACUGUGUGCGUCAACCUCCAAAGACUGGAGGUGAUUUACAAGCAGAUGAGGCAUGAGUUCAUAUGGAAGGAGCACUUGGGCUGGGUGGUGAGCUCUCCGGCAGAAGUGGGAACUGGACUGAGGGCCAGUGUCCAGGUGAAGCUGCAGCGUGUGGCCCGACACAAGCGCCUGGAGGACAUAUUAGAAAGACUGCGCCUCCGCAUGGACGCCACUGAGUCCAGUGGGGUGUACAGGGUCAUGAACGCCCACACCAUCGGCCUGACAGAGGUGCAGAUCGUGCAGCUGCUGGUGGAUGGAGUUAAGCUACUCAUCGAGAUGGAAAAAGCACUGAAGGAUCCGGAGGGGGGCAUUGAGCACUUAGUCCCAACUCAGAAGUAGAGAGGAUGUUGUUCUCAGAAAGUGUGAUCGAUGCCAAAGAUCAAUAAAGUGCCAGAAAUAGUAA